ACCAUCGUCUCGCUGAGGGUUGCAGGCUAUCCUGAGCAGCAUAAACUUUGUCUCAACGACGUUUUGAAUACUGCUUCACAGCCUUCGACAUCAAGAGCCCGUCGGACGCUACAAUGAACACCACCACGUACACGACUCUGAUGAUCAUCAUCGGUACCCUGGCUAUGCAAUUGAUGACCGCUGUUGCAGCUCCUAUGGAACCGGAUGAAGAACGAUCUGAUAAUACAUUGGUAGCUCGACCGGAAGACGUGGCAGACAUGGCCGUGCAGUGGGAUGCUCUGAACACUGCUGCGCUGCGCAAACUGCUACUGCAAUUGGAUGCCGAUGAUAGGUUGGGCAUGGCCAGAGUUAGUCGUUCUUGGCCACAGACUGAGCCCCGAGGUUGGGGACUGCGUGCGAUGGACGGCAGAAUCGCCAAGCAAUGGCGCGCCGACAAGAGACAGGUCCGCUUCCGACAAUGCUACUUCAACCCGAUCUCUUGCUUCCGCAAAUGAGCUGCCGGAUUAAAUGACCCAUAUCGCCAAUAUAACUAUUUGUAAACUACGAAACAUUUGUCAUACGUUUACGUAAUUAAUACGAUGUUAUUAAACUCUAAGAAUUAAUAAAUUAACUCUAUUUUUGCUGUUUUAUGAACGAUUACUAUUAAAAAUUGUUAUUAAAUACCUAGUCAAAUUUAUUAAACGUCAAUCUUAUUAUAUUUCUGAACAAGUCUGGCAAAAAUAAAAACACGAUAACUUCUUCUUCUAAAAUUCGUCUAUUUUGUAGCGUUUUCAAUAUACAAUUUACAUGAUUGAAUAAAAAAGGUCUAUGCUGUUCCAUUUCCGGGUUCCUCUUAUAUACGUUUCCUUCCUUUUUUCAAUACAUUCGUAUUACAAUACAAUUAUGAGUAAAAUUUUGUGUUGAAUACUUUUUUCCUGCUUAUUUUAUGUUAUAUUUAGAUCAGAAACUCUUUUAUAAAGUUAAAUUUACAUGUAAGAAUAAAUGUUCAGAUUAUUGGAUUCAUAGCAAAAAUAUUUUUAUAACAUUUUAAAUAUUUCAAUCAACAACCAAAC